AUGAGCGAUGACGCGAAAAUUAAGAAUAAAAACGCAGAGCUCAAGUACCUUCAUCUAAACAUGAAACAAGCCGCACCUAUCAUUAUUGAAAAAGCUGUUAUUGAAAAAGAGAAUUUUCGAAUAUUGGAUGUUCGUUUUCGUAUUAUGGCGACAAUGAUCGAAGCAGACUUGAUAACCGUAGCGGUAGUUGGAAAAAUUUUAAUCGCUCCUAAUUUACAAGUUACUCAACAUCAAAAUACUAAAACGAA